AUAUGCUUCAAUUUUCUUUUAAUCUUUAAAUUUUGUAGAUUUCUUAAUAAAAUUAUAUGUAUAUAAUUUUACAAAAAACUUCCAAAAACUUUUUUUCGGACAAUUUAAAUAGGAAAAUCAAAGCAUACAACAAUUUUUUUUUAAAAAAAAUUGUUAAUGAAAAUUUUCUGUAUUUUACUAUUUAAAACUAUAUUUUUAAUUUUUGAACAAAAAUAGUUUUCAAUUUAAAAAAAUAGAUUUUUAUUUUGAAUUUUGAAAAAAAUUCAUAUAGUUUUAAAUUGUAGAUAAUUUUACUUAUUUUUAUAAAUUUUAUAUUAUUUUAUAAAAUAAUUAAAAUAAUAAAAGGUUUUUUAGAAAAAAUCAGGUUUUUACCAGCUAAUGCAUAGAGCUAGUUAUAAUUUUGACAUGGAAAACAAGUAAUUUAAUUUUAAUUACAGUUUAAUAUGUUACUGAAUUUAUUUGGAGAAAUUGCUUGAAAUAUCAUAUUGGAUACCACAUUUUAAAUAUACACUCAAUCAAAAAUAUUCUAAUAUUUAGAUUAUGGUUUAUUGAUUAUUGUUUAGGGUUUAGUAUUUAGAAGGUGAGAUUGAGUUUAAAUUUUCUAUAAAUAAAUUUUAUACAUUUAUAAAUAGUUACAAGGGUUGAUUUAGUCUUUUAAAAAACGUAAGUUAGUUUAGUCUAUUUUAUUACAAACUUAAUUUAUUUAUGGAAAUAGCUAUCAUUUAAAGAUAUUAAAAAUUAGUAUCAAACUUGUGGCAAAUUUAGAAUUUUCCAGUUAUUUUUAAUGUCUAACAUGUUAGCUGUUAAAUUCAAAGGUCUAAAUUGUAAAAUUUUGCCAACUUAAUCAUUUAAAAUGUAAAUUUUCCAAACAUACUACAGCUCCAUAACAUACAAAUGUACCUAGACGUUGGCAUUUUUUUUAGUUUUUUUUUUUGUCAACCUAGACGUUGGCAUUUGUAUUUUGUAAGUUGUAACUAACCAAACAAACUCAACCUCAACUAUUAUUAACCGGACCUCAAAAUGAAUUUAGAUGCAAAAUAGAUCUUAGGCCAUCUUUAACCCUGGCUCUAAGAUUUAGAUUCUAAAAAAAAAAAAAUUAAAAAAUUAGUAGAUUCCACACCAUUUUAAAAACUCAUUUCUUUCUUCUCCUACAUAAAAAGCAAGUUUUGAAGGAUUUUUAGCUUAUUCACGGGCUCCACCACACACGUGGCGACCAGCGUUAAUGAUUCUCUAAGACAAAGUUACAAAAUCUACCCACUCUACCGAACAUAUAAACUCCGAAUAAUCUUCAGAAGGUUGAACCUGAAAAACUCGAUCCACCCGAACGAUUAAUGCGGAAACCUAAAUGUACCGGUUCACACCUUCUUACCGAUUACCGAAUAUCAAUAUCGAGAACCGGAUUCAGAUUGCUCAAUAAUUUUAGCAACUGUGACGGAAUAAUACAAAACCGGAAUCACAUCAAUUACGGUUUACAAAAACCGGAUCUAUUUGAAAAGAAAGGACUGAAACAUCUUUACCAAAACCUUAGCAAAGCGAAGAAAGUUUUAGAGUAAGAACAUUGUAACACUCGCCGACGCCACUAGCUCCUCCUUUUUACAAAGAUGCAGAGUGGGGACUUUUAUCUAUCCGAAGUAGAGAAGUUGCGUGCCAUGAACGAGAUGAAUGAACGAAUGAAGAAGAAGCGAAAGAUUGAGGAAGUUAUGUACCCUGCUGAGCUUAUUGAACAGCUGAAGAACAAAGAUGAUCAGAUCAAAGCGUUGGAAAACGAAAAUGCAAGGAUGUUGGCUGAAAUGGCCGAAAGCCGAAGGCAAAUGGCUGAGAUGAAACAAAAGUUGGGCAUCGACUUUCUCUAGUUUUUUUUUGUAAUUUAAAACUUUUUUUUUUUAAUUUAGCUUAUCUUGAUGAAAACUUUUUUUUAAUUUAGCUUUUCUUGAUGAAAUCUUUAAUGUAUCUGCUAUUUUUUUAUGAACUUUAAUUUGUUGUAAUUAAAAUAUUAGAUUUAACAAAGAAAAGUAUAUUUCAAAAUUCUUCUGAAAUUUGUCAAAAAAAAAUUUCCAAAGAAUCGGAAAAUUUGUUGACAAAACAUUGUUCUUCGUCGGUACCGACAUUUUUCAGAUCACUAUUGUCGGGAAUUUUUUCGACGAUUGUGGUCCACCGGACAUAAUUCUGGUGAUCUUAUGUUUGUGUGGUCCACCAGACAUAAUUCUGACAUGCUGGGGAUGAAUUUACAUCCUCUUCAAGGCCCAUUAGACAUUGAACUAGCUCAUAUUGCUAGGAAAUCCUAGGCUUCAUCUUUCUAUAAAUAAGGAGCAACCUCUUUAUGAGAAAGGAUCUUCUCCUUUUCUUAGAUUAAUAAACAUACUUUCAUAAGAGAUUUGUAGAUUGAAAAGUUUCACUUUACAUUUGUGUCAUUUUUGUAAUGAACCUUUACUCAAUAAAAUCUCAUUUAUGUUCUUUUCCACUUGAUUUCAUCUAAAGAUUUCUCCUAUGCCUCAAAAAUCUAAUAUUUUAUUUUUAGAUUCUUUUAUUGUAUUGAUUCAACAAACACUAUCAGCAUAAACACCGUUUUUGGAUCAAACAGUUGGCGCUAGAAGGAGGGGGCUAAGGAGAACUAUCUUCACAUCAUAUCAAACUUUGGGAAUUGUAGAUCUAUGAUGCUCACCUCAAAUUGGUUUAUAAAAAAAAAAGCAACACGGCUUUGGUUAGGUCAAAGUUCAAAGCUUCUUCAACCUUAGAUCGAGUUGACCACAAUUAUCUCGGUAAAGAAAGAAGCUUUUCAUGAAGCCUGGCGGUUGAUGUCACUAAAGGCCCACCAACGAGCCCAAUACUCUGGGCUUGCCGUCUCCGAACAUUACGAAGGCUUCCCGUCUUCGACGAUCUGGAGGAGCGACGGAACUCUGAAAGAAUAGGGCUAGCGAGACAGGAGACGACGACGUCUGAAGAAGAAGACGAUGUCGGAGCUGUCUCGAGAGAUGAAACUGGUUUGAUUCUCGCUCUCGUGAGCCUAGGAUUCUUAGACGUCCGGAUCCAUCCAAAGAACGCGACAGCAAAUCCAGAAUCGCGGCGAAGGCGAAGGCGUGGUUCACGGAGAGAAAGACGUGGGCUUGCUCCGGUGUUUCUCCGGGAGGGAGAUCAAAAAGUCGAUGAUUUUAUGCGUCUCCGGUCCACAAUCGCUGUAGUCGCCGCCGGUGAAGCUCUCAGGACUGCUCGAGCUUCUUCUAGUCCACGAAACACGAUUUUCCCAGAUGCCUAAGAUGAACUGAGUUUGGAAUUUCAUCGAUCUUGUGUCUUCACCGCGACGUCUGUUUCUCCAAUAGCACCACCGGAGAUGCUAUCACCGAUCAAGAACAUCACAGCUCUGGUCUUUGCGUUCAAGGUCGCUGUGUUCUUGGUCUCGCCAGUAACCGUUUCUCCGAACCUCUUCCUGACUCCCUCGGCCAUUGCUCCAAGACGAUGAACACAAAGUCUCUUAUGUUUCUAUGUUCAAGGCCAGACCACGACAAUAGCACCAGUGAAAAUGUUAUCACCAACCAGGAACAUUAUAGUUCUGGUGCUAUUCUUGUACCGGUGGUGGCUUCAACAUCGAGCUUCUUCAGACUCACGAGAGAACCGAUGGAAGUUCAAGCUCAUGACGCUCAUGAACUUGCUCGCAACUUGUCAUAGUCGCUUCUCUCGCAAACCCUUGUUGUAAGUUCGAGCUCAUGAGCAUCUAUUCCAAAGGCUCCUCUUCAUCUCGUCAUAUUUUUCUCGGCUUAGUCUCGCCAUGAGCGGUUUCGAGAUCGACGAGGAAAUGUCAUCAGACUGUCAUCAAGCUCUUGCUUCUGCGUCAAGAGAGCUCUCCCGACAGGCUGGCCACCACCAGCACAAGCUCCUCAUGAUUAUAUCGAAUAGACAUGGUGUUAUCUCCUUCAGUAUAACUCAUCGUCACGAGAACUCAGCUUGUGAUUCUCUUCAAGAUGGAUUUUGGUUUCAUGGGAAUGGAUGAAAACUCGUCACACCUUCGUGAAGACCAUACAUAGCAGAAGAGAACACAUCUCUAUUGUUCUUACACAAACAAAAUGGAGAGGAUGGGAUUGAGAUUCUCGUCGUCUUACCUCACGUACAACCAACCACCUCUUCACGGCAAAGAUAAGUUAUUUUAUCAUCACAUACUUUUCUUUUUAAUCACACAUGUGUCACGAUAGAUAUUAUAGUUGUGGUUUAAAUUAUUAAACAACUCUAAGCUGCUCACUCUUAUAUAAUUUUUGUGAGAUAACUUCAUGUUAUUGCUUUACUGUUGGUAGUCUAUGAUAUUAAUAAGUUGACAAUUAUUAUAUUAUUAUGCACAACUCACUAGCAUUAAGUAAUAACAAGUUCUACAGCUUGCUUAUUGAUUAUGUCUUGUGGUUUAUAUUGAUCUAAUCAUGAUCAUGCUUUUGUGAACCAGAGCCAAAGAGAAAAACAGAGCGAACAAGCAAUUGCCACCACCAUAUGUCUUCAUGCUUCGAAAGAUGGCUCUCAGCCACGAGCUUAUCGGAAACAGCACAAGCCGGCGCUUUCUCACGUCAUCAUAGCCUGAUGAACACACAAGCCAGCAACUUGCUCGGCACACACGAUCUCAACGCAAGACUUUGGGUCGGCAAUAGUUCGGUACAUGUGUACUUUAGGCACAAGUUUAAAUUGAACUUGUUUUUUUUAUUAGGCACGAGUUUGCGGUCGACUCGCUUAUUGUUAGACACGAGCUUACAAAAACUCAUCUUUGGCUAGGCAUGAGUUUACAGAAGCUCUCCUUCUACUAGGCACGAGUUCUCAGUAAACUCGCCUCUGUCUCAGCAUGAGUCAAGUAAACUCGUCUUUCGCUAAGCACGAGUUUAAAGCAAACUCGCUUUUUACUAGGCACAAGUUCGAAAUAAACUCGCCUAAACCGUCAUAGGCAUGAGUAUGUCUAGUUCAUUGUCUAAUAAACCCUAUUCGUAAACUUCGCAGAGAUCGAUUUCAUCUCUCUCAACGAACUUGGGGGACUUACUGUUGGGGAUGGAUUUACAUCCUCUUCAAGGCCCAUUAGACAUUGAACUAGCUCAUAUUGCUAGGAAGCCCUAGGCUUCAUCUUUCUAUAAAUAAGAAGCUACCUCUUUAUGAGAAAGGAUCUUCUCCUCUUCUUAGAUUAAUAAACAUACUUUCAUAAGAGAUUUGUAGAUAGAAAAGGUUCACUUUACAUUUGUGUCAUUUUUAAAAAUGAACCUUUACUCAAUAAAAUCUCAUUUAUGUUCUUUUCCAUUUGAUUUCAUCUAAAGAUUUCUCCUAUGCCUCAAGAAUCUAAUCUUUUAUUUUUAGAUUCUUUUAUUGUAUUGAUUCAACAAACACUACCAGCAUAAACACCGUUUUUGGAUCAAACAGUUGUAGGAGACACAUUACAUCCCUCCACAAGGCCCAUCGAAUAACAUGCCCUAAUCCAGCAAGUCAGAUCGAUUUGGUCGGCUCGGUGGCUAAACCUAUCGGCUUGACCUUAGAGUACUUUUUAGCCGGUCGAGUAAGUCGGCUAAAAGUGUCCGGCUUAUAGGGAGCCUCGUUUCGGCCCGUAUACUCGGCCUCUCGCACUAAGGCCCAAAGGGGGCACGAAAUUAGGGCAUCUGGGGAAGGAGUCCUAUAAGAAGGGAAAAUGAAGCAACAAGAAAGGGACUUUUGGAUGAUUGAACACACUGAGCGGCUAGAUCUAGGGUUUUAGGUUAUCUCUUUGAUCUUGUUGCUCUUCGAUCUUGUUGCUCUUUAAUCUUCUUGUCACUCUUGUAACCCUUCAAACCAGAUCUAAAUAAAACGUCUUUAGCCAUCCCAUUUAUGACUUCUUCCAUCUUAGUCGACUGAAUCCCGUUCAAACAAUUGGCCCCCACCGUGGGGCUGACUAAAGUAACGUUCUAGAUCUACAUGGUCCAAAACGACGCCACCUUCGGCGCUCCGGGCGGUGAACCAACCCCAACGCCCGAAGCCGCGCCGCCCAUCGCCGCAGAUUUCAUGAGCUCUAUCAUGGCUCGACUUGCUCAUCAAGACGAAGUUCAAAAGACGACCAACGACCAGUUAACUGCUCUGGUCGCGGCCCUCACAGCUCCCGACGGCCAAACAAGCCGUCCCCAGCAGAUACGCCGUCGCCUCUUUAACACCAACCCGACGGCGACCGCAGGCGACCAUAUCUCAGACGACUCCGAGCCUAACGAAACCCUUCUCGCCGACCACCCCCCAGUAGGUUCUGAUCUCACAACCAUACGCGAGCUCGCCGAUCUCAAACUCAGCUUCCAACAAAUGAGCGAGAAGAUCCAUCAAGUAACCAGCGCGGCCCCGCAAAUCGAGAGCGUCCUCGCCGCAACAUCACGCACUCCGUUUACUAGCGCUCUGACCAGUGUCCAACUCGGAAAGAUAGAAAAACUGCGCCUACCCGAGUACAAACCCGGCGGAGACCCAGUGGAACACAUGACAGCUUUCAACAUUGCGAUGGCACGGGCUCGACUCCCAGACGAAGAAAGGGACGCAGGCUACUGCCAAAUGUUCGUCGAAACUCUCCACGAGCAAGCCUUAACCUGGUUUUCCCAGUUAGAGGAAAACUCCAUCGGAAGCUUCCGCGACUUGUCAGCAGCUUUUCUCAAGACUUACAUUAUGUUCACCAAGCGCAGCGCUACUGCCUCUAGCUUGUGGAACCUCAACCAAACCAAAGACCAGAGCCUCCACGACUACAUGGAGAAGUUCAAAGCCGUAGUCUCGAGGAUUGAAAUUCCAGACGGUAUCGCCAUCGACGCCUUGCGGAACACGUUGUGGGUUCGUUCUAAAUUCCGAGAGGAUUUAUACCAAAACCCAACUACGUCGCUCUAGGACGCUAUCGGGCGAUCUGACAAUUUCAUCAGAAUGGAAGAAGAUACCAACGCCAUUCUCAGCAAGAUGAACGCACCCAAAGCUCCGGCGGCUAAAAACGCCAACACGCGACAAGAAC